AUGAACGACUACAGGGAGAAUGGCCACAAUCACAGGAUGGCCGAGCAGAUGCUCAAAGAGACUCACCUGAAACAUGGCCUACAGUUGUGCCGGUGCCAUUGUCGCGAACACGACGGAUGUUGCCGAAUGGAGGUGGAAAAGGUUCAGCGGAUUGAGAACAAGGCCCUUUUUGAGCGGUUCAAAGCCUAUGAGGCAGCAGUCGCCGAGGACCUCAGACAGCGACCGGUCAACGACCUCGAGGAGGUGCUAGUGCGAGGUAUUCAUCCGUGGCUUCAGCGCCUCGGAUGUAGAAACGGUUUGUGCAAAGCUGCCAACACAGUGUAUUUGUUGCACGGCACAAGGCAGCACAAUCUGGAUUCUGUGCUGAAGCAUGGGCUACGUACCAAGUUCUCUUUGCACAAGACGCCAGAUGGCCUUAUGGAAGGGGCUUGUACUUCGCCAACAACAGCUGUAAAGCCUUUCAAUAUGCCGGACAUGGUGGCUGCAUAA